GUCAAAUGUUUUUGGGACAAAUUUUGGGACAUUCGAGAAUUAUUUUUUGGUGGAGAAAAAUUUCUUCCCUGUGAAUGGACAUAUUUUGCAAAUUAGCGUGAAAAUUCCUCAGUGACGGUGUGCAUAAGUUAAAGUGGAAUACCAUGGAAGAACGGUUAGAUGAAUUAUCCACGAAGGAUCGUCAGGAAUUGCGCAAUAUUCGCACAUUGCUCUGGGGCUCAAAUGAUGUCGAACAAACGAUCUUUCAGCGAUGGUCACAAGGUUUUGAAUUCAGUGAACUUGAGCCAUCAGCUCUGGUGCAGUGUCAAGGAGGUCCGUGUGCCGUUAUUGCUCCUGUGCAAGCCUUCCUCCUCAAGAUCCUCCUGAUGGAUACUCCGGGCUACAGUUUUUACGACCUCACAGCCGACAAAUGCAGAACAGUAUUGAUUCAGGCCAUCUGCAAUAUCCUUAUGAAGUGUAAAGAGACAAAGUACCGGAUAGUUACGCUUAGGGCAACUGAUGAUGCCCAUGAAGGUACUCCAAGUGACGUUGUUGAUGCUGCUCGGGUGAAUUCUGCCGAAACUGGCGAGUCCCCAAGUAGUCCAGCACCUGGUCAAGUGCCCGAGGCAUCAGACAGUCAGCCGGGUACUUGGGAUCCUGAUCAAUUUCACGAGAGACUAACCAUUAAGGACAUGGAGUCCAUCGAUGAAGUGGAAAAGUUCUACAUGGAGAAUCACAGUCUCCUGUCCGGACAGUACGGUGUCCUCCUGUUCCUGUACUCGGUACUCGUGACCAAGGGUAUUGAGAAUGUUGUGCAGGAGCUCAAUGAUACGUCAGAGCCGUUGAUUCAUGGAACGUACGGCUACGGAUCGCAGGGUUUAAUUAAUCUCAUGUUAACAGGGAGGGCAGUGGCUCAUGUCUGGGACAAUGAUGAAGAUGUUGGGGGAUUAAAAUUGCGUGGGAUCAAUCAGCAGUCAGACAUUGGUUUCAUCACAACGAUGGAACAGAUGCGCUACUGCACAGUGGGAUCAUUCUACAAGAAUCCAAAGAAUCCUGUUUGGGUGAUGGCCAGUGAGACGCAUCUCUCAGUGUUAUUUAGCACAGAAAAGCGCCUAGUGUCCCCAGAAACUCCCAGUGAGAUUGCCCGGAGAGUCUUCAAAAGCUACGAUCCCGAGGGCAAUAACUUCAUCCCGUCUGUGGUGCUUCAAGAUGUACUCUGUACAUUGGAUUUGGUCAGUGAUAAAGAAUACGUCGAUAUAAUGCGUUCAAAGCUUGAUCCUGAGAAUUUAGGCAUCAUUCUGUUGAACGGCUUUAUGGACGAAUUCUUUCCACAGGAGAAGCGUUCGAUGCCAGAUACCUUUGUGCUGUGGCACUACAAUGGAAUUCCUGGAUCGAAUUUUGGGAAUAAGGUAAAGUACAGUCGUGGCGUGGCCAUCCUCCUGGAGAGUGACCUGAAGCUCAUGUGCAACAUCUCGAAUCCCAUGUUGAUGUGUCUGCAGACCAAGUGGCCAAAUAUUGAGGUGAAUUGGCAAGAGAUGCGUACUCCAUCACUCAAUUGACCAAUUCUUGGAUGGCAGAAUCUUUCGUUUUAAAAGAAAAAGAAAACAAAAAAACAACCACACUAAUCCCUUUUGAGUCUCCUGAAAACGACAAGAAAGAAAGAAAAAAAGAAAGAAAUAUAAACCCCAAAUAGGUUUCCCCACAAUUGUGCUCUAUACGAGAGAAAGAGUGUGUGCAUAAAAAAAGAGUCACUAAACUUUCCUCCUUGGAUCCUCAUUUAGAGACAACAAUAUUGCAUAAUUUAUUUAAGUUAUUUAUGUUGGCAGCACAAAAACAGCGUUGCUUCCAUCGCCAGAUGCUUCUAACACGUUAAAAUUUUUUUUGAAAUAAUUGUAUCUUGGAUCUCUCAUCGAUUUUUAUUUUUCUCACCCCAGUGCGAUUUUAUGAACAAUUUAUUGUAAUUGAUUAAAGAUUAAUAAUAAUAAAAAAAGAAAAAAAUAGGUAAAUUCGCGUAUUAGAUAUUAUUGAAAAGAAAAAAAUAUGCCAAAAUGUGAAGCAUUGAAAAAAAAAAGAAAAAAAAUUGUCAAGAAUCUAUUGUGAACCCCCCAGACUUUGUUCUGUUGAAAAUAAUAAGUUUUAGAAGAGAAUCUGCUAAUAAGGAAAUAUUUAAUUCUACGCAAAAAAUAAUUUCUUCGAGGCUGACAUCAAUAUUUCAUCUGAUUAUUUUAAUAAAAAUCAAUGAGACGUUUCAAA